AAUGUAUUUUAUGUUAGUUUGUUAGCUUUUGAAAUGUAAUUCUAAAUUUGAAGAUUAUGGUGAUCUUGUACAAUCUAAGUGUGGCGACAUCCGAAACGGCUCACAAUUAGCCAGCAUUCCGGCUAAGGGAGAUAGCCUACGGGGGUUUGUGAGUACGCGUCUUUUGCAGCAUCUGCGUCCAUGGGGGCUGGGUUGAGAGAGGCUUAAAAGCAAGGCUGUUUAGUUCAAAUAAAGCUAUCUUUGACUGCAGUUUACUGACACCGCUACAACGUGUUUUUAUCGCUGGCUGUCCAGACGGAAGGUGCUGAAACGCUUUGUCGCGUGUCUGGAAGAAGUGAAAACUUUCCUGGGCAGCAAAGGGCUCACCUUUCCUGAGCUGGAACAGCCAGAGUGGCUGGAAAAGCUACACUUCAUGGUAGACAUGACAGCGCACCUGAACACGCUGAACACAGUUCUUCAGGGGAAAGGACGUACAGCCCUGCACAUGUUGGAGGAUGUUUUGGCAUUCGAGCGCAAGUUGACAGUGCUUGCCAGAGAUUUACAGAAAGGCACUUUGUCUCACUUCCCCAAUUUGAGAGAGUUCAAACAAGGUCACGACAUGAUAAUUUCGGAGUAUUUACAUUCUGCAAUCAUCGCAAUGCAAACAUCGUUUGGGAAACGCUUCUGUGAGUUCAGAGAGGAAAAAAACACAUUAUCCUUCCCGGUCACUCCCUUAAGCAUCGAUCCUUCCCUACUGAAUACGACUGCAUUGGCAGGUGUGAGUCAACCUGAUCUUGAGAUGGAACUGGCCGACAUAGCCGACAAAGACAUAUGGGUGUCCAAGUUUAGACGCUUGACAGCAGACCUUGAAGAUGUUGCCCGUUCUUGCUCAGAAACACAAAUGGAGUGAUAUUGAAAACCUUCCAAAACCGGACAAACUUGUGUUCGAAACAUGGAAUGCUAUGCCCGACAUUUAUGUAAACAUUAAAAAGUAUGCGCUUUGAGUCCUGUCGAUCUUUGGAUCCACAUAUGUAAGUGAGCAGGUGUUCUCCAACAUGAACUUUAUUAAAAACAAACAUCGCGCAUGCCUCACAGAUGACAGCUUGCGAUCCUGUGUAAAGAUGAAGGUGACGUCAUACAGCCCUGAUGUGCAGACGCUGUGCGCUGAGGUCCAGGAGCAGAAAUCCCAUUAACCAAACAGUGCAGAAGGUUACCAUCACAGUGACUGCCCUGGAUGGCAAAUCACUACAACUACAUCUCAUCGUUCAUGCUAGAAUCUCCGCGAUCAAACGCAGCCUCGAGGAAGAGUGGAAGAUUCCAGCUCCCCUGCAACGCCUGGUUUACCAUGGCACCUUUAUGAAUGAUGACAAAACCUUGCUGGAUUCCAACAUCUUCGUUGAAACAGAGAUUCAGCUGAUCAGGCUAAUGGAAAUAAUUGUCCAGUUACCUGAGGAGAACAGGGCAGUUAAAGUUUCACAGAUAGACAAGGUUUCAAAUUUAAAAAAUCAAAUUGAAUCUCAGACAUCACUCAGAAAAACACAAUACUACUUAACCUUUCAGUCACAGGCACUUGAGGAUGGACGUACACUACAAUCUUAUGGCAUUCAGCAUAAUUCAACCAUCACUGUUAACCUGCGGCUGCAUGGUGGACGUGAUAAUUAACUUUUUAGUGCAGAGGAUCAUAAUCUGCUGCCUGUAAGAAACUUGUGCAUUCUCCCCGUGACCGCGUGGGUUUCCUCCGGGUGCUCCGGUUCCCUCCCGCAGUCCAAAGAUGUACCGGCUGGUAGGUUAAUUGGUCCUUGUAAAUUGUUCCAUGAUUAGGCCAGGAUUAAAUUGGGGGAUUGCUGGGUAGCAUGGCUUGAAGGCCAGAAGGGCCUAUUCACUGCAGUAUCUUAAUAAACAAACAAACAUAAAUAAAUAAAUAAAUUGAAUUGUAUUUAUUAGACUGAAAAGCAUUAGUGUUGAUAAAGUCUUUCUGAUACACUUAACUAGGAUGAAAAGUAGCUACAAUAUGUGAGUGGUAAGAACUAGUCUUAUGUGUCCCUAAAUACCUGUAAAUAAUAACUUGCUGUUUGAUCUUUGCUAAAUCCCUUAACUUUCAACGGAAUGAGAUAACAUGAUGUGCAGAAGAGUAUAGCACAGGAACAGGUUCCCCUGCCCAUGAUGAGUGUGCUGACUAUAAAGCCACGUCAACCUUCACUAACUUGUGUAGGAGCCAUGCAGCUGUUUUCUGUCGAAGUUGUAUUCUGUGUUUUGCAUUUAAUAGGGUAGUUAGACAUGUGAUUGGGGUUGUGGUAAAAGCAAAGAGUUUAGUUACAUAUUCAUGCUUUGUUUUUAGUCAGUUAGAGUUAGAGACAGCCAUGUAUGAUAUCUAUUUUGUUGAUCACUUAAUCAUGCUUAAUAUCACUUAAACAUUGCUUAAUUAAGUUGAAGAAAGCUUCAGUACUUUUAUUACAUUAAGACUGUUUAUUUUGUUAUAUCGGUA